AUGGGUUCCUUCUUUAGAGGCGCUUCUGUAGGGGCUGAUGGAGGGGGAGGGAGUGGAGGGGAAGCAGGGAGGGAGGCAGGGGCGAAGGGAGGUUAUUCGGCCCGCCCGCUCACGCCCCCGUUGCACCUCCCGCUGCGUUCUUCUCUUUCUCCUGUGCCUGCUCGCCCUGCUGAAGCGCCUCCCCGUCUCACUGGCAGCACUAGCAGCAGUGGUGGCAGUGGUGGUAGUUAUAAUGGUGGUGGCAGCAGCGGCGGUGGGAGUGGUGGGAGGGAAACGGGGGGUGUGGGAAGGGAAGGAGCAGCUGGAGAAGGUUGUGCAGCAGGUUUGGCUGCAGGUUUGGAGGCAGGUUCGGCGGCAGGUUCGGGGGUAGGUGGAGUAGAAUUGGGAUUUGCAGGGGAAGGAGGUAGAGGGUCAGGCUCAGAGCAGGAAACAGGAUGUGGGAGAAGGUCAGAGGGUGUGGUAGGUGCAGAGGGAUUGAGGAAAACAGACGCUGGUGGGGCUGCUGGGGGGUUAUCAGAAGCGGCAGGGGCGGCUGGGCAAGGGGUGGAGCUUGGGACUAGGGAAAGAGAGGGUGCUGCCGUUGCUGCUGGUGCUGCUGGUGGUGAUGAUGCUGGUGGUGGUGAGAGAGGGGGAGUGGGUAACCGGGAGCAUGGUGGGGGGGAGAUAGAAGGGCAGACCACAGAGAAGGCGAUCAUCCGCAAGGAGAAGCAUUUGACAGAAGAGGGUCCAGCGGAGGACGAGGAGGUGAUCUACAAGAUCGAGGUGCCUGCCAACCGCUACGACCUGCUGUGCCUGGAGGGGCUGGCCCGCUCGCUGCGCAUCUUCCUGGGGAUGGACCCCGUUCCCCAGUUCAAGCUCGCCCAGCCUUCCAGCCCGCCCAUCCGCAUGACCGUCAAGCCUGAGACAGCGUUGAUCCGUCCCUUCGUGGUGGGGGCAGUGCUGAGAAACAUCACAUUCGACCAGCACCGCUACAACAGCUUUAUCGACCUGCAAGACAGGCUGCACCAGAACCUGUGCCGUCGCCGCACGCUUGUGGCGAUUGGGACGCACGACCUAGACACGCUCACACCACCUUUCACUUAUGAGGCCCUACCUCCCACGGACAUCAAGUUCGUGCCACUCAAGCAGACCAAGGAGUUCAAUGCUGCUGAGCUGAUGGAGUUCUACAAGUCUGACAACAAGCUAAAGAAGUUCCUCCACAUUAUCAGCGACUCGCCUGUCUUCCCAGUCAUCUACGAUGCCAACAGAACCGUCCUGUCGCUCCCUCCAGUGAUCAACGGCUCACAUUCAGCCAUCAAGCUGACCACGCGCAACGUGUUCAUCGAAUGCACCGCCACUGACCUCACCAAGGCCAAGAUCGUGCUCAACACCGUUGUUACCAUGUUCUCCGAGUUCUGCGACAACAAGUUCGAGGUGGAACCGGUGGAGGUGGUAUCUACGGAGGGGCAGGUGGCAGUAUACCCUCAGAUGGAGGAGAGGAGCGUGGAGACGUCGGUGGGGUACAUCAACAAGGCUAUUGGCGUUGAUCUCAAAGCUGAAGAGAUCGCCCGGCUCCUGACGCGCAUGCAGCUGCCAUCGAAGGUGGUGGAGGGGCGGAGAGGGGAGGACGGGGCGGAGGUGGUGAGCGUGACAGUGCCCCCCACUCGCAGUGACGUGCUGCACCCAUGUGACAUCAUGGAGGACGUGGCAAUCGCACACGGUUACAACAACAUUGCUCGCACCGAGCCCAAGACAGUAUGCGAAGGAAAGCAGCAGCCUCUCAACCAGCUGUGCGACCUGCUGAGGGGCGAGGUGGCGCAGGCGGGCUUCACAGAGGUGCUCACGUGGGCGCUCAUCGCGCGCAGUGAGAACUUUGAGAUGGUGAACCUCAAGGACGAUGGCAAGACGGCCGUGGUUAUUGGCAACCCGCGCUCUGCUGAUUUCGAGGUGGUGCGCUCGUCUCUCCUCCCCGGAAUGCUCAAGACCCUGGCCAGCAACAAGGACUCGCCCCGCCCUGUGAAGCUCUUUGAGGUGUCGGACGUGUGCCUCUUGGACGAGAGCAAGGAUGUUGGGGCACGCAAUGAGCGGCGACUCAUUGCGCUCUACUGCAACCUGCACUCUGGCUUCGAGGCAGGGGCGGGCAGUUCACUGGCUCGUUUUCUCGCCUUUCCUCUCCCCCUCUCCCCCCCACUCUUCCUCCGCUCGCUUCAUGGGCUGGUGGACCAGCUGAUGGAGGCACUGGGAGUGGCGUUUGGAGGGCAGGCAGGGGAGGACGGAACAAUGGCUCUUACUUCCUCGCUCUCUCUUUUCCCGUGUUGUCAUCACAGUUCUUUGGGGGCCGCCAGGCCGAUAUCCUCUUUAAAGGAAGAUCCAUUGGCACCUUUGGUGUCGUUCACCCAGAGGUUCUUGCUCGUUUUGACAUCCCUGAUCCUUGCUCUGCUGUGGAAAUUAACCUUGAGCCAUUCAGCGGGAUCCUCGAUGUUGGCAGGAGGAAACGGAGCCGUUUUGGCUCAAAGGUUUCAGUACUUUCUCGAUAAGUCGACCCCGCACUAUGGUUACAGAUGGAUCGCUACACUCGUCAUUGCACUCAUCUACACCAUACGCGUGUUCUUCCUACACGGAUAUUACAUAAUCACGUACGGACUGGGCAUCUACAUGUUGAAUCUGCUCAUUGGAUUCCUGUCCCCUCAAGUGGAUCCCGAGGCGGAAGGGCCAGUGCUGCCAUCCAAGGGCAACGAUGAGUUCAAGCCCUUCAUCCGACGGCUACCAGAGUUCAAGUUCUGGUACGCGAUGACCAAGGCGUUUCUCGUGGCCUUCACCAUGACCUUCUUCCCCAUCUUUGACGUGCCGGUCUUCUGGCCCAUCCUGCUCAUGUACUGGUUCACGCUCUUCGUGCUCACCAUGAAGCGCCAGAUCCGCCACAUGAUCAAAUACAAAUACGUCCCCUUCUCCUUCGGCAAGCAGAAGUACAAGGGGGGAAAGAAGCCCGCAAGCAAGGAUGACGAUGCCGUACCCAUAGGCAAAACAGCCUCGCUUCCUGCCAAGUCAAAGGAUUAG